AUGGCAGGCAUUGUCAAUGGGCCUCUUUCUCUCUUCCGCAAGUCGGACUCUUCAAAACCUCUCCAUGCACGAUGGGGUGAUGUGUCCAUCUCUGUGCCCACAGAUGGCUCAUGGAAUCAGUACGAUAAUCCCCAUCGGCCCAUUAAAGAGAGAUCAGCCUACGGGCCAGGCUAUGUGCCGGACUGCUCUCCGCAAGACCGGAACCCUCGCCCAGUGAAAGAGGCCGACCUAGACGAUGAUGAUAGAAGCGUCUGCAGCGAAGCUUCAUCGGGCUCGCGGCGGAGCUCACUAUCUCUAGCAGGCCUGCGACCGGGCCGGCUCUCAGUGCGCCUCGCCUCGCGUCCCAAGCAUCUGCGGGGCCAAUCACAAAUGAAAAGAGAUGCCCAGCGCUCCGAGCAAAAGAGAAAUGAGUUUGCCUAUCGACCAAUUCAACAUGACUACACCUCCGAAGUAGUCGAAAAAACUACUCAACCCAACAAUCGCUUCAAGUACAUUCCGACCAACCCGCGGUACCCUCAAAGCUCAGGCUCUGCGACUCCACGUAGCCAAUCUGUGAGUCCGCCCCGCAGCCCCCACUCGCGGCGCGGCUCGUUGCCUGAAUCGAGUGAUCGGCGAUACAGCGGUCGCGAUUGCGAUUAUACUCCGUCCGUCCGAGGGAGCACCUACGAGGACGAUCGUCACAGCCUCCACUCUAGCAUUCGUGAUAACUCGGAAAGUUCUGGUUCUCGGCGAAAUUAUGGGCUGCCGCCUAGACGGCGGACACCACCCUUUGUUCCGGCAGAUCGCAGGGGUUCCUUAACCUCCAAGCCUAUGACAUUGGCGAUGGUUCCCGAUCCUGAUGACCUCUAUGAGUAA